ACUUGUAGGCGUCAACUACACAACACCAUUCAAGAGCUCAAGGGCAACAUUCGCGUGUUCUGUCGCGUACGCCCCAUGCUGCCAUCGGAAGGCGGGGACAUGGCUACCAUGGCCUUUCCAGAUGAGAAGGAGCAGCGUGUCCUGAGUCUAACGACAACGACGGAAGGUGGUGUGGCGGGCAAGGCCCGAUCCAAGACCAUGCAAUUCACUUUUGACAAGGUAUUUGGACCCAGUACCUCCCAGGAGGAAUGUUUUGAAGACAUUUCACAGCUGGUGCGAUCAGCCCUCGAUGGGUAUAACGUGUGCAUUUUUGCCUAUGGCCAAACCGGUUCGGGCAAAACCUACACCAUGGAGGGGGGCCAAGGCGAGCAGCGUGGCGUCAUUCCACGCGCCGUGGAGCAGAUCUUCUUGGCUGCCGAAGCGGCGGCCAGCACCCAUUGGAAGUACGAGUUCAGUGCAACCUUUCUCGAGAUUUACAACGAGACGGUGCGCGAUCUGCUCGCGGAUGAUGCGACACAGCGGCUCGAACUGCGCCGCCCAAAGGGGAGCGCAGCAGUGCAAAUCCCAGGCCUGGCAGAGCAGGCAGUACAUAGUGCCGAAGACAUCUUGGCUCUUCUUGCACGCGCCCAGCAGAACCGCGCUGUUGCUGCCACCAAGGCCAACGAGCACUCUUCGCGAAGCCACAGCGUGUUUCGUUUGCAUAUUCGUGGCAGCAACUCUUCGACGGAGGAAACGUGCCGUGCUGAUCUCAACCUCAUUGAUCUCGCGGGCUCGGAGCGCCUCAAAUCCUCCAAGGCCGAGGGACAGCAGCUUGAGGAGACCAAAGCAAUCAACAAGAGCCUUAGCGCACUUGGCAACGUCAUUCUUAACCUGGGCAAGGACAAUGCCCAUGUGCCCUACCGGGACUCCAAGCUCACAUUCCUGCUGCAGGACUCUCUGAUGGGCCAGUCCAAGACACUAAUGAUGGUGAACCUGAACCCACGGGCUGAGAGUGCAACGGAGACCAUUAGCACGCUGCGCUUUGCCACCAAGGUAAAUCAGUGCCAGGUGGGCACUGCACGCAAGAAUGCUGCCGGCUCUGCCUAA